UAACGGCGAAUAGACCGUCACCCGAAGCUCUUGUCAUCAACGAGAACGAGAGGUAUACUGUGGGGUUGGCGCACCGCUCUGGAGCAGAGAGUUGCUGCAGCUUGGCGUUGGUGGUACUCCUUACCCUCCCCCUGAGCUGUGAACUGCGAGUGCAUACCUGCGGCCGUGUGUUAAUGCGUAACCUGUUGCAACAUCGGGCUCUUGAGAGAAAAUUAUCUAACGACUACGAAUUGCCAAAGGAUUAUCCGAAGGCGAAAUCUGGUUCUUCUUCAAAUUUCAAAGCCGAUUCACUGAUGUUGCCUGUCGUCUCUUUCAUGAAAAAGAUGGUGAAGAAUUCGGAUACGGGCCAACAAGAGAUGGUUACCACAAAUAAGUUGACACGAUUAAAACAGACACUGACAACCGGAUUUCAACAAGCCCAAGAUUCGGUGGCGAAAUUUUCUCCUAAAAGCAUCCACGUUGGAGUAGGAGAAAUUGCAGGACGCCAACAGAGCAAUAAAGAACCGCUCAACGAGGCGUCGACCAUCGCAACCAGUGACAUAUUGAACAAAGACGCUUUGAAUUCCACAAACCCACAACCUGCCUUGUUAAAUAUUUCUAUUGGGACCAAAACUUGUUCGGGACCACCGAAUCGCCUAACUUCCUGUCGAGUAUGCGUCCGAAGUUUAUCGACCGGGAACAGCGAUGUGAGUUAUAGGAUUUGCUCGCAGUGUAACCUGAAGGUCUGCGAGGAUUGUGCCUCUUAUUCGGAAUUGGAUAAAGACAUUGAAAGGAACUUCUGGCGAUGCAGCGUUUGUCGAAGAAGAAAUCAGGGCGCCUCGUCCCCUAUGUUAUCAAGCAUUGGAGCUGCUGGUACAGGUGUAACACGUCAACAGCCAUUAUCAGCAGCAGCUCAUCGAUGGAGUGAGGAGAAGGCAGGUUCCCUGUCAACAUCUACUGACGACUACAAUAAAAGAUCGAAAGAAUUGAGUGCUACACCAGGAUCAGCCCCGGUUUCUCGACGCGAACGAAGAAGCACUUCUGGCGAAAGCGUCACGACCGCUGAUCAGAAACACUUGUCGGGCUUUCAAUCGAAGCUUCACGUGCAGCCGUCUAGAAAAGACUAUGGUGGAAGCACUGAGAAUGUUAAUUCAAGAGGAAACGGAAGUGGCGGUCGAACGCCCGAUCGAAACCCAAGACGAACGAAUCAAUCGCACAAGGCGGUUAGAUCCGUUUCGGCUUCUGAAAGUUCACCGGAAGACGUAGCUGACAAACAGCAUUCGCAGCAGUACGAACGUAACAGCGAAACUUUGUCGCGUCGUUCGUCUUGUCGCCGCUCAUUUCAAAAACAAACAACGGACCAAUCUCUUUAUCUGUCAGCUGAUGACGCUUGUCUUUCUCCUUGGAGUCAACAGCGGCGCUACAGUUCGGAAAGUUCAGAUGCCAGCGACACCAGUGGUACUUCGGCAACAGCGCGUCUUGUCUCGCAGGAAGAGACUGAAGAAGUUGGAGAGUAUUGCACUUCGCUGCUUCCGUCAACGCGUCGUCGCCAGUCAUUUCGCAGCCAUCGUACAUGUCAUUUUUACGACGUUGAUGGUAGCGACGUCUAUUACGAUGCGGAAGAUCAAUCUACAGACAAUGGUGUUCCCGGUCGAUCAUCCCGGCGCUCCUGCUCCGAUAUAUCACAAGUCAGUAAAUGCAAUGAGCUUACAUCAGAAGCUACAUCACCUUCAGCCAAUCAGCAAAGAUCACAUUCGCCACGAGGCUCUCUCGCUUACGAUGGCGUUAACGAGGAGCGUCUACUGCCUCAGCGAAAGAUAUCGACUCAGCUAAGUGAUCCACCAUCUAGCCUCAGCCGAUCGCAUUCUCCUCGCCCUUCGAUCGCUUCAUGCCACAGCGGAUCGGAACGCCGCUCUGUUGAACGAGAAGCCAUCCGCAUCAUAAUUGACGACGUCGACUGUCCCGACAGCUGCCAGGCGGUGCCGACACCGACUCUAACGACAACUUCAUCAACUCUUACUGUCCGUUUACUGCGUGAUCAUCAUUACGGCGGCCAUGGCUUCACGGCCGGAUUUGGUUUAUCUUUGGCUAUACGUAAGAAUGUGGUCAUCAGCUGGAUAGCUCCUCAUGGGCCAGCUGAUCAAGCAGGUCUACUUUGCGGUGAUAUAGUCCUCUCGUGGGAUGGAGUUCAAUUAGUCGGCUGGAAUUUCGAAUUCGAUGACAUUGAAGAGGAGCUUCAGCACAGCGGAGAUAGCAUUCACAUACAAGUACUCCGCAACUCCGUUGGAGCUGAGGCGUUGCCAUCCAGCACGCCACCGCAAAACAUAUAUGAGCACCACGACGAGCCGCUGAUGAGACCCAAUAAACUGCCGUCUAGCAUUCUGGUUCUUGAUGCUGAGUCUUCUGGUCGAUCUACACCCCCUUCUCCCACCCGUCGCCGCCUUCCUCAAGCGCCAGCUGUCAUGAUGAUUGCAGCUGACACCGACUCUCCCUUUCCUUUUAUUUAUCGCGUUCAGCUCAAGUUCAAGUGUAGCAUUGAGCGGAACGGUAGUGUUUGUAUGGUAAUUACGGUGGUGGAGGCUGAGAGGUCACCUGUGGUACCACAACAGACCCAUGACGUGGGAGAGAAGGAGAAAGAACAUGCAUUCUUAUGGAUAAAAAUCAUACUCACUCUGCCUAGUGGGGCGAGCAGGAAGUUCUUGACCGAUAAGGUUGAAUCGUCUUACGAUCUCUGCUGGAACUCCCUAUUCACCUGUUCCGAUCUGACUGCUGAAGAAGUUUCGCGAUCCCAACUUACCCUGUCCCUUUGGGGAGAUUCUUUCCAAAAAGGAGAAAUCAAAAUUGCGGAUACGAACAUGGAUCUGCAAAACAUCACGAUGGAUGGCCGACCGACGUGGUUUCCACUUCGCCACUGCAACGCAUCACCAGUUUCACCUCGACGUCUGUGCAAAGCUGUAUCCUAUGACCAACAGAAUCAACAGAACCAACAGCAACAGCCCUACGUCCUUAGCCGUAACGAUUGUGAACUGAAUGUCGACCAUGCCGAUCAGUCUUCUUCGUCGUCACAACAAAGAACGCCGUCGCCUCCGACGUUAUCGUUUCCUCGGUCUCGUUCAGCUGAGAUAUGCCAUCUUCUCCUUCAACCGGAGAGCCAAGGUUGGACCAACUCGGGAUUGUCAGCUCCCGCCUCACUUGCUCCAUCCCGACGGGGUUCGUCUUAUAAUUGCGAAGAUGAAUAUCUGAUUGCGCCCUCACCACCGUCGUCGCGUAGAGGGUCUUCGGUAUUCGCUGGCGAGGGUGAACUUGCUAACGUGCAAGGACAUCAAAAGCUUUCUGCUUCAACAGCCGUUAACCUCGACCCUUGCGCUCUUCAACAUCACAGAGUUCCGAGCAGUCAGUGGCGUAGCCAAAGCUUCCGAUCAGAGGUUAAGCAUGCACAACACAAUGCGCAAGAUGUGCCUACAAACAGGGCGUCUGCCAGAAUAAUAAACAGUUCGGCGCUGGAAUUCGGAACGGGGCAAAUUCUUCCUGGUCAAUCGUUGCUGGCAAGAGACGAACGCCUAUUCAAGACUCAUACAGAAUCGUGUGGUCAGAUUAAAUUGGGUCUAAUCAUCACUCAAGGACAACUGGAAGUGGAAGUGAUCGCCGCCCGCAAUCUUGUAGCGAUUGCGGAAAAACACGUUCUACCAGAUACAUACGUAAAGGCAACACUAUGCCACGCGGAACGAGUUAUUGGCGUACGAAAGACGAGAAUAGUAAGACAGACUUGUCACCCGGAAUUCCACCAGACUUUGUUAUUCGACGCGGCCAAUGCAUUACACGCUACACUUAUUAUCGAGGUGCGCCUAAAGAACAGUGUCAGCAGCGGUAAAUCGAUCUCCGCCGACAUUUCCCCUCUGCGCAUCGGGGACCACUCGACGUCACAGCAGGACCAAUCAACAAUGGGUUUUGUUCACAUAGCACUGGAUCGUUUGAUGUUGACGACGUUAACCAUUUCUUGGUAUAAACUGAUUCCGUUUGUAAGGGAGACAUAACACAUCACACGUCAACCAGAUAUCUUAUCUUCAUUCGCAAGAAAUUGUUGUUUACGGGUUAUUUAGAUGGCAGUUUUUGUCGAUGUAAAGGCUAUUGCUUUCAAUUUCAUUUUCUUUGUGUUAUACUUUCCUAUUCUGUGUUUCAAUCUGUUUUACGUUUUACAUCGUGUAAAUCUAUUUUAGAAAAACUAUUUAUUCAAACUUGAUUGCUUCUUGGGUCAGACUGGUAAAAAAAAACACACAAAAAAAAAUGUGCAAUGCGUUUUCGUUUUGUUUUUUCGCAGCUUGAUAUUAUCAUGUUUUCGACAUAGUUUACACUGUGUAUAUCAAUGGAUCCCUAAUCCUUUCUUUGCUUCCAAACGUAUUCCUAUUGUGCUGUUGCCUAAUGGAGAAUAUCUAUUUGUCUUUGUCAGCCUUCGUAAACGACAAUCCCACGUAAACAAAUAUAUUAAUUGUUAUCUAC